CGGAAGAUUUCAAAAGAAAUUGCGUGAAGAGUUCUAGCUAACUAUCGGGAAGAAAUCCUUGGAAUAGUCAACAGUUUCCUUUUUACAAAAAGGAAGUCCGGGGAUAUGUGACCCACCAUCCCAAAGCCAGGCUGAAGUACAGGUACUCUCAUGGAUCUGAAGGAAAUCAGUAUGUGCUGAAGUCUGGGGACAAACUACAUGUAGACAGGCUCUCUGUACGGGCUACCAUCACUUAAAUAUACAAAGGAGUCUGUGUAAUGUCCAAGUCAGGCCAGAAUUCGUCCGGAGUGGCAUGAGUGGCGAAAAAACCAACUAAAGGCAACAUUUUUUUCCUCCAAACGAGGAAAAGAGUCGCAUCCCGGGCGGGCGGACUUUCAGGCACAAAUACUGUGCACCACAACGUCAAGGAUGGAAUCCCCAGCUAUUUUUCGUGGAUCAACAAUUGUCACCACAGCUUUGAUUCAUAGCUCUUCCCCACCUGGAUUCGUUGCUGACGAAAAGGAUUUGUCGCCCAGCGGAGGCAUCAAAGCUCACAAUGGUUGCGUGGUGAGGGAAAAAGAUCAGAUCAUUCUCUUGAAGAGAGUCUACACCUCGCCAAGUAGACGCUCCUCCAGAGUCCGUCGGAAAGGCUGUGUUGUCUUGCCCAGGUCAAAGGUCAAGCAUAGGUACUCUGACCCUGUGGUGUAUCCUCAUGCAGCGAUGCGGACUACCGCUGAAUUCAACAGAAGUUACCCGAUGUCUGCUGGCAACACACCAGUCAGAACUGGAAAACGAGAUACCAGUGAAGACAGAAACCAUCUGCCCACCACUCGCAAGGAGCCGUCGACCCCCAACAUUCCAACCAUCCCCAUUAGUCCAGCCACACCUGGCCUGACCCCACAUGGCUUAACGCUCUCUGAUAAUGUCACAGAGUCUGACUUCUUCACACCAGAUGGAACUCCGAAGCGGCGGUUGGUGGUAAGGCUGUCCGAGACACCAGAAAUAAGAAAGAAGCUCGCAGAAAUUGGCACGCCACUAUUCUCUCCACAUGCAGAGUACAGCGACGACCUUUUGAAAGGAGAGGAGGCUCUUCCACAUGUGAACCUUGCAAGUCGAAGUAUACCACAUACUGAUCAUUGUGAAGCUCGGACUAACAUCUCACAACAGGUUGAGAAUAAUCAUAAUGCUGCAGACUUAACAUUUGAUGAGGAAAGAACACCUCUACAAACAUGGCGUCCUGCUACAAUCAGGGAAAGUCACCUGGAAUGUGUCUUAGAUUCAGCGGAAAUACUUGAGGAUGAGAUGUCCGUCAUUUCUACCUCCUCAUCAAACACUCUCGACAUCGUGUUUGAUAAUUACCAAUCUGUCCUUAACAGUAGGGCCAGUAGCCCUCAGCCAGAUACAGAAUCAAUCGGUAGCUGUGAUGAACUCAAGGGCAUCAGAGAUCUUGGCGAUGAAGUGAUGUGUAUUAGUCCCCUCCCAUUUCAAACUCCAGACACCGCCCAUGAGGAUGGAGAGUCUGACGACCUUAAUUUAUAUCCUCCAGAAUUCUUGCCAUCAGCAUCAGAUGAAGCACCAGAUGAUUUCGAGAUUGUACAAAACUAUUCGUCUACCAUUGAGAGUCCCUCUUUCAUCGGUGCUGGCAGUCCUGUGUCUUCGCAAAGUCCUUUACCCAUCAUGGAUGGAGAUCUUGGCAAAAGGAACCAACACGACACCAGCCCAUCUUUGGUUUUACACCAGACACUACACAAAAUGAACUGCACAUCUCCAGUUAAUGGCAUAAGAGGCAGACAGGUACUACGUGUGUCAUUAUCACCCCAAACUUUUGGGCCCUACAACUGUUUUGACUUGAAGGCAUCUGAAAAGUCAGACUUACAGGAUGACGUCUGCAUUGUGAACAUCACUCCUAGUCACAAGGUGGAUACCAACAAAGGGAAGGAACCUUCACCGACGUAUGCAACACAGGCAAACUUUGAGUCUCCAGGUUCCCCAGGGAGUACAUCUUUUGUAAGCACACAUGCUGAGUCUGAGUAUCACACACCACGUGCUUCGUCUUUGCAGUCUUUGCUCAAGAACAAUUAUUACUCUACAUCGCCCGCCACAAGUGCAUCCUCCAAAAUCUUCUUGAACCAACAAGAUGACUUUCAAGAUUUUUCAGACUUUGACUUUGCAAGUGCCCAGGGUGCUCUCCUAACUCAGGCCUUCAGUCCUGUUGUAGUCACUGAGAAACUGUCUCAAACAAGCCUGGUAAAUGUCUCAGCCAAGUCCUCAAGUGCCGAAAGCUGCUCACGGGUGAAAAGUCCCCUGUCACACUUUGGUGUGAAUCCAUCACUUGUCCAAAAUUCAUCUGUGCAUCAGUCUUCUGCUUCCAAGAAUGCAAAGCUGACCACCAAAGAGAAAGGAAAAUGUAGAAAUUGGACUGAAAUGCUUGAAGACGACACUUCGUACCAUGAAGAGUCCACCCAGGGUGGCAUUGGCACCCGUUCUGAGGAUUCAUGUACUUCCACUCCCAAUUUCCUCAGGGACGAGUGCUGUAAGCUGUCCAGGGGAAAAGAAACAGACAGGGCAGUGCAGCGGAGGAGUUCAUUGAGAAUUGCUAAGAGGAUGUCACUGCUGACGCUGGAAGCUCAGUCAAAACAAAGUGAUGGAGAUGAAGAUGAUUCAAUGCCAGUCUCAGAAUCAGGACCUCCCAAAAUGUCUAAGGCAGUGCAAAAGCAAAGUGAGAGUAGUGUCCACGGGAGGGAGACAGUUCCUAAGAGAAAGAGAGGUCGCCCUCCUCUAAAUAAAUCAAGAGUGAGAUGCCAAACUUCUGGUGGACCUCAUGUAGUUCUUGACAAGUGUGCUGUGAGAGUGGAGAAUUCCUCCACCUUCUCAGGUUUAGAUGAAGAAAGUGAUGAGAUGAGCUCUCAAGAGCCUGCAUCAAUCAUCCCUUCUGAAGGGCAACUCCACUCUAGCACAUACGGCACCAUCACACAGGUGAAUUCUAAAACGAAGCCAAAGGCAGGGAAAAGAUCGAAGCAAUUGAGACGUCGGUCUGCACGACUGAACCCCAUCGUGCUGCCAUUGAGCAGUAAAAGGCCAAGUGCUAUCAUAUCUAAUGCAACAAGUGUAAGCAAGCAAGCCCUUGCAGAGUCCAGGUUAGGCAACAUUACUGAGCCUCCAUCGUUGUCUAGUUGCUCUGAGUCUGUUUCUACAGAGGAGGACUUUCAGUACCAGUUUGGUGAUCAUUCAGAUUCUUUACAAGCAGAGCGUAAGACCAAGAGACAGUACAAGCUACCAAGGCGACGAUCAGCAAGACUCAAUUCUGUUGGCUUACCAGUGACCAGGGAAAACCCCAUUGUCAUUUCAUCAGAACCUAUGACCUCCGAGUCUCAUGACUUAGGCCCUGCCUCAUCAAACUCGAAAUCUGCUGCCCCGAAAGGUGUUUCAGGAGAAACCGCUCAAGAUGUGGAAAGUUCCAAUUGUUCCCUGGUUGAACCAGCUCGUGGAAGUGCAGACACUGAAUUGAUAUCAAUCUCUGAAUACAUCGCUCCAUUCGGAGAAGGGAAGAAAAGGGGCAGCAGUAAAAGACGGAGACGAUCAAGCCGCUUACUCAAGCUAUCCUUGAUGAGUCUAGAUGAGGAACAGCCAGCAUCAGACCAGACUUUGCCGGAGGAGACUAGUGUCUCAUCCGGUCCUGAAAAGGGAAGCACAGACAGUGGACAAGACGGUCCCCUUUCAAGCAGUGAUCAAGAGAGUUCUGUCCAAGAGAAGGAAAGAGAAUGUACCUCCUCUCUUGACAAAAACCAAGAAACUAAAGUAUUAAAUAACAUGUAUUCUUGUGGUACAGCCUCGUCCGGUUCUCCUGGUGUAAUGCUUGUUGAUAUUAAUGCACAUGCUGACUUAGCUGGGGAUCCAUUAGACGGAUCAGACUUGUUGGAAAAUGCCUCUGCAGUGUCUGCAGAGGGUGCCACUGCUGUGAGAAGACCACGACGAAGAAAAUCUGUGCACAGCUAUUCAGAGAAGACCAAGGAAUCCAAACCCAAGAAGCAGAACGAUAAGACAGAUGAGGAGGCAGUGAAGGAACUGUACCUGAAGCGAGGCGAAUGCAAGGUGCUCAAGCCCAGCAACCUAGAGACAAUCUUUGAAGAGCUUCACUUUAAUAAGAGAGGCAGUCCUCUCUACACAGCCUCCAGAAAGUGCAAAAGGGCUGUUCACUUUCCAGAGCACCCAUGGCUGCCUCGGAAGAAGAAGAAAACAGCAAAGAACAGCAGUAGUCGGUCUAAGGGCAAGAAGAAAACAUCGAAAGAUCCUAACAUUGAUAUGAAACUGGAAGCUUUAUUAGCUGAAUUGACACCUGCUUCAAGUCCUACCUCUGAGCUCCAGGCUGAUAAUGUAACUUUGCUGUGCUGUGGUGCGAGCCAUGCAGACUUCAGCACUUCACAGAGUGUAAGUAACUGUCCAGCCAGUGCUUGGUCCGAAAAUUCCUCCUCAGAUUUGGCAGUCUCUAACAUUCACAUGAGCAAUGUUGGGCUCCUCCUACAAACAGCGAAGCCGACCCCGAAGACAAUCAGAAAAAAUGGCGAAGUUGAAUUAGAGGCGGAUGAGCUUGUACUCCGAAAGCCAAACAGGGACACGCCAUUUAAAGGGUCAGCUUCCUCUGGAAAGUAUGGUGCGAUGUUGAACAGACUUCUAAAGAACAAUGUAGUCCGCCAUGAGGAAUCUCAAGUCGGUGAAGUUUGUGGUGAAGCCAUGCAAGACUGAAUCUCAAUGAUUUGCUGUAUUUAUAUUAGUUGAAAUGCCAAUGGCUCUACGCAUAUGUUAUCAAGAUUGCUUUGCAGUCAAACAAUGAGAACAAAUUUCUGAGAGAUUGUCCCAUGCCAAAUGUAUCAAAAGAUGAUGCUGUUUCCACUAGUGUUCUCCAUUUUUGCUACAGCCCUCCUCAAGUUAUGUUCUCAAUGCCUAACUUUGAUUUUCAGCUCCUGUUUGUGGGGGUCUGAAUAAUACACACGUGCCGUUAGAGAUGCCAUAGAACUUAGGGCAUCUGCAGUUAAUUCUGUUUGUGUCACUCUUGACCGACCCUUAUUUUGGGCUCCAACUGAGAAAUAAAUACUCUUUAUGCUGCCAACCCUGUCUGGAAAUUUCUACCAAAAAAAAAGAGAGAGAAAGAUUACAAACUUAACCAUUUUGUGCCGGGGGACCCAGUAUCGGGUACCUUAUGUUUGUACGCAUAGCUGGGAGCCCGAAAUCGGACAAAGCAGCCAGGUCUUGUAACAACAGACCGCACUCCGAACAAAAGACUGAGCUGCUGGCACUUGAAGAUUAUUUUAUUUAUCAGUAGCGGAGGUAAUUUAUCCUUUUUUGAAACACUGUACAACUUUUUGUGGCACUCAAUGCGCAGGAUUACAACCACGGACGAAAGCUCUCCAGUGCUGCAGUGAUUAGUAACGCAAUACUGCUGCACGUUAAUCUUGCCCCAUUGAAAAGAGGUCAGCAGCAAACUGCUGAAGGUUCAAAAACAAAAAAAAUGCAACACCACACAAUCUGGGCUCUCUUUACAAGGCAGCAGGCCUGGCUGAAAUACACCGGAGUCAGUAGAUGUUGCCUGUUUAAUUCGAGUAGCCACCAGGCAGUCAUUUGUGUGGGUGUAAACGUCCAGUAAAUGAAGUAAUGAAUUUUUGAAGAAUUUUGCAAAUGGAAAAUCAUUAAAAAUGCUUGUAUUUGUGCACGGCCAUUUUAAUUGAACCCGGCAGCAAGUGGUUAAGAAUAUCAGGGAACAAGCAAGAAAUUUCACCCCCAACUGACCACCCCUCCUUCAAGGCAAAACCAUGAGAAGCAUAAAAUUAACUACAGGUGCUCUUAUGUGAUGGCUGAUAGUAUACAUUGCAUUAUUUGAGCACAAUGUGACCUGGAAAUCAAUGAAUAGCCAUUUUAUGCUGUGCCCGCACUGCUAGACUGUGCCAGGCAAGAACACAAAGUCUAUGGGAAGUUGCUGCAUCCACGAAUCAGUGACUUACCGUUGCUAUGCAUGUUCUCUCUAGCCGUAUCCAUGUCAUUUGGACUCAGCCUUUUAACCAUAUCAAUUAGGAUGUGUUCUUACUUGAUGAUAUUAGGGAUGAAGUUGUAUAAUUUUUUCACAGAUAAUAGCUAUUUUUUGACCUAUUUAUUAACCACAAAAAGUUGAAAAAAAGUUUUCCAGAUUUGAGUUCAGUUUGACUCUUUUCAAAGUGAUUCAGUGUUUUAUGUUUGGAAGAGGCCUAGCUUUUCAAAGAUGCUAUGAUUCAAACAUGACUGUGUAAGUGGGAAGUCAAAGAUAUUGUCCGUGUUUUUUUUUCCAAUUCAGAGUUGUAUUCAAGAAAGAAUUGCAUGUUCAGCAGGCCCAGCUUUUCAGUGGAUACUGUGACCAGUUUUCAGAUGUGCAUGUAUUUUGCUGUUCUUUUAUUUGGUUUCUUCUCAGCAACUGUUACAUCUUGUAGGGCAAGGCCUGUGGGUCAGUGAAUUUGAGCCUGUGGCAGGUUACUCAUGCUAGAAUACACACCAAAGAUUUGGCUGUAUAUCUGUUUCAAAUUCAUUUACAAUUGAAGAGAAAGGUCUGAUGGAAUUGAAAUGUGAAGCCAAACAUUCACUCAUGCUUUCAAAACCGACAUUACAAUACAUAUAACACUAUAUUUUUCUCUAAAUUUAAUGUACAGUCUAAAGGUAAACAAACUGAUUACACCUGUGUAUUAAUAAUAAUUUCACAUUUCGGUUACAAAAAUGUAGUCCUGUUUGAGUUGUAAAUUAUAAAAAAAUAUCUAUUUAUAGAUUGAUAUCAAAGAUACGAGAGAGUUGAUUGUUCAUUGUUUACAGCCCAAUAGUGUACAUACAUGAGGGAGAGUGGUGUUGCUUUAUCAUUGGGCAAAUGGGAUCCAAACAUUGGGGGCAGUGUCUCUUGAAAACCUUGCCACAAAGUUACCAGAACUAAUGAAGGGGGAACAUUGUCCAGGUAUAAUGCCUUUGUCCUUAAGUCUUUGUCCAACCAACUUUGUUCAUGUUUUGUGACCCUGCAAGUUUAUGCAAGAUGUGUGAACAUACAGAAUGUAAAUCGCGCAAAAUGUGUGCUUCUUAAAUUCAACUUGUACAAAUAAACAGAGUACAUAUUUACUUGUA